CCCUGGUGGAGCGGGGAACAACGUGUGGGAUGCGCGGAGCCCUGCGGCUGGUGCGGUUCCGGGGAGCCGCGGGCGGGGGGCCCCGGCUCGGCCUGGAGGAGGCGCCCGGGGGGGACCUGGUGGACCUGAGCGCGGCCGAGCCGGCGCUGCCGCAGUCCAUGCGGGAAUUCCUGGAGCUCGGCCCGCGGGGGCUGGAGCUCGCCCACAGGGCGCUGGAGUCGGGGCAGCACCGGGUGCCCCGUGGGGCCACGCGGCUGCUGGCGCCCGUGGGGGACCCCGAGAAGCUGAUCUGUGUGGGGCUCAACUACCGUGACCACUGCCAGGAGCAGGGCCUGAAGGUGCCCAAGGAGCCCAUCAUCUUCAGCAAGUUCCCCAGUGCCAUCACCGGGCCCUUCGAUGACAUCGUGCUCCCCCAGGACAGCACUGUGG